GUCUUUCCCCUGCUUGUACCUUAAAUAUCUUCCAUGCAGUUCACAGGGUUUAAUUUUAGACUCCGCAUGAGGCAGGAGCAAACCGUUUCUAGCUGAAGUCAAAGUCGGAGGCUUCCCAGUUUGCUCUCUCCUGAGUCAUAGACUGGACAAACAUUGAUUCCAUCCUUUUUGAUAUCAGCAGAAGCAAAGAAACUACGGAGCGCAAAUAUGUCAAACAGCAGGGACAUUGAUGAUCUCAAUGAGGAAGACAUUGAUGAGGAUGAGCUCCUUGCUAUGCUUUCGCCUGAGGAGCUUAAGGAGCUUCAGAGUGAGAUGGAUGUUAUUAUUGCCCCAGAUGAGAGUGUACCGGUUGGACAGAGACAGAAGGACCAGACAGAAAAGACUCCGACGGGGACGUUUGACCACAGAUCCCUGGUUGAUUACCUUUACUGGGAGAAAGAGUCCAAACGCAUGCUCGAGGAAGAAAGAGUGCCUGCUACUCUGUUGCCUAGUGAGAAAACUUUGAGGGAGGAAGCUGAAAAGAAAGAAGAAGAAGAAGAAACUGUGAAAUAUGAAGAGUAUGAAGUGAUAGAAGAAAUCAUUGUGGAAGAAGCGGUGGAUGGUGCAGAUGGAGAGGAAAUUAUAGAGGAGAUAAUUGAGGAAAUUGUUGAAGAGGUGGAUGAGAGGGAUGAGAUGGACAAAGAGGUGGAUGAGAAAGAUGAGCGAGAGGUGAAGCUGCCUGUGAAUACAGAUGAACAUGAAAAUACUGACAAACAUGUACGUCCUCUGGAUAACAACACAGAAACAGUUACAGAAAAUAAUACAGAUGGCAAUCAGCCUUUUUCAGACGUAGAGGAGAAGGCCGAGAGCUCAGCUCCCAAACACAGUGCAUCACAUGUUGAAGAGAAAGAGGAAAUUAAAAUGACAGACUCUUUGCCUCCCAAAGAUACUCCAGAGGAGACAGAGAUAAAUGAAAGCAGUGAUAAGCUCCCACAGAAAGAAGAGAGAAAAAUUAACAAAUUAAAGAUUCCAAAGCUGGCACUGAAUAAUAUAAAAAUGACAUCAAGACCUUCAGGAAAUGAGACAAACUUGGAUUCGACACUUGACAAAAUCCGCAACAACCACCCCUCUGUCACUGAGGUGAACCUCAACAAUAUAGAAAACAUUCCCAAAGAGAUGCUUUUGGACUACGUCAAUGCCUUGAAGAAGAAUAAACAUGUGAAAACUUUCAGUAUAGCCAACACCGGUGUCGAUGAAAACAUAGCGUUCAACCUGGCCAACAUGUUGCGAGAGAAUCGCAGCAUUACGACUUUGAAUAUUGAGUCUAAUUUUGUAACAGGAAAGGGCAUCGUAGCCAUCAUCCGCUGCCUCCAAUUCAAUGAGACUCUCACAGAGCUGCGAUUUCACAACCAGAGGCACAUGCUGGGUCACCAUGCAGAGAUGGAGAUCUCACGUCUGAUCAAGGCCAACAACACCCUUUUGAAGAUGGGCUACCACUUUGAGCUGCCAGGGCCCAGGAUGGUGGUGACCAAUAUUUUAACCAGGAAUCUCGACCGUCAGAGGCAGGUGAGGAAGGAGGAGCAGAAACAGCAGCAACUGAAGGAGCAAAAGGAGCUGAUGCAGCUGUAUGAGAACACCCUAAACCUGCCUCCUGGUUUACUUCAGAUGCUGGGGUACAUACCGCCCCUAGAACUCUUGCAGGAGCAUGGGCUUGUCCCACCCUCGACAGACCUGAGCGCCUUGCCUGAAACGCAGCACCAGACAGAGCAGCCAGAGCCUCAGAUGCAGCUCAAACAAAAAAGAAUUCCCAAACAAUCCAGUGCCGAACCAGCAAAUUCACUAAGGGACGUCCAGCUGAAGAGGACGCCCAAGAAACGUGACCCGUUUCUGGAUCUGGACCCAAGGGAUGACAGGAGACCAGAGAGGUUCCAACUGAGGAGGACUUCCAGUGUGAAGGAUGCAAGCAGUCGAGAGAUGACGGAUGAGAAACCCAACCUGACUGCUGUGAUUAAGACUUUGAAGCCCGUCCCUCGCAGACGAGUGCCACCAAAAGUUGAUCUCACGCCACGUGAUCAGCUCCUAAGUGAGAUUAAAAAGAGCAACGUAGCCUAUCUCAAACCCGUGCCGCUCCCUAAAGUCCUGGAAUCAAGUGAAACGAGUCUCUUCUGAGGUUAUAGCUCCAGCUGUAUGUCUUCACCGCUGUAUGUUUAUUCUAAACAUAUUUGGUAUUAGUUUCCCUAAAAAUAUUCACAUGAACUGCAUAAAUUAAGAGUGAGCUAUAUUUUCAUUGCACGUGAAAGAUAUUUGCUGCUUGUGGUUCCAUUUUUGUGCUGUUAUCUCACUUAAUGCUGUUGUUUUGAGGAAGUCAUAACAAUGAAGUCAAAGAGUUUAUUGCCAGAACACCCUGUAUUUAAUUCAUAUGAAACCUCUUUCUUCAUUUGCUAUCUCUAAAACACGGAGGAAAAUAAAAAUAUGAUUUGUUUUCAGUGGGCUUUUGCACAGAACAGAUGUGUAGAGGUGGUUUGUUUGAUUCAAUUUGAAAUGAUUCAUUAUGGAGCAAACCUGUUCAUGUCAUUACAUUUUGCUAUAAAAUUCUUCUACUA